UGGUUUUGUAGUCUUGAGCUAGCUAGACUUUGGUAGGGAAUUAUGGAAGGAGAGAAGAAGAGAGACUAUAGAGGUCAUGUAAUGGUGGUACCAUAUCAUGGUCAAGGUCAUAUGAACCCGAUGCUUCAAUUCUGCAAACGUCUUUCUUCAAAAGGAAUCAAAAUAACAGUAGCUACUACUGUUUCUAUCAUCAAAUCUCUUCAACAAUCCAAACAAGCAGUUACUGGAGAGUCAAUAAGUUUAGAUCCUAUUUAUGAUGAUAUUGUUGAAGGUGACAUGAAAACACUAGGGGGGUUCAAAGUUUUCUUAGAAAAGUUCGAAUCCAUUGCUUCAAAAAAUUUAGAGAAACUCAUCAUGAAAAACCAAGAAAACCCAUUACAGUACCCAAUCAAGUGUCUUGUUUAUGAUGCUAAUUUGCCAUGGUGUUUAGGCAUAGCAAAAAAAAUGAACGUUCUUGGAGCAGCUUUUUUUACUCAAUCUUGUUCUUCAAUUUAUAGUUACUACAAAAUGACAUUAGAUGGUGAAGAAGGUGACAAAGGGCCUAAUUCUUCUAUUCCUGAUUUAUCUACAAUUGGGAUUCCUGUUCUGAGAUCUUUUGAGGGCACUUCCAGUGGGAAACACCCACCUUUCUUGAAAUUCAUUUUGGAUCAGCUGUCAAAUAUCAAGGAAGCUGAUUGGGUUCUUUUCAACUCAUUUAAUCAGUUGGAAGAAGAGGUGGUGGAAUGGAUGUCAAAGAUGUGCCCAGUGAAGACGAUCGGACCAACAAUACCAUCAGUCUACCUAGACAAUAGGAUCCAAGAUGAUAAUGAAUACGGUUUCAAUCUCUUCAAGCCAAAUGAAGAUGCCUGCGCAAAUUGGCUGAACACUAAAGAACCAGGAACUGUGGUGUACAUAUCAUUUGGGAGUGCAGCAAGUUUGGGGCCAGAGCAGAUGGAAGAGCUCUCAUGGGGUUUAAUAGAAGGCAAAACUCAUUUCUUGUGGGUUGUUCGAGAAUCAGAGGAAAGCAAAUUACCUAUCAAUUUCUUGCAAGAAACCUCUAAAAAUGGUAUUGGCUUGAUAGUCAACUGGUGCCCACAACUACAGGUUUUGUCUCACGAAGCUGUUGGUUGUUUUAUAACACAUUGUGGAUGGAACUCUACAAUUGAAGGGGUCUGUUUGGGAGUCCCAGUGGUUGCUAUGCCACAAUUUUUGGAUCAGUUCAGCGGUGCAAAAUUUGUUGAAGAAGUUUGGAGAAUGGGAACUAGAGUUAGGGUGGAUGAGAAAGGUUUUGUUAGGAGAGAAGAAAUUUGUAGGUGUAUCAAGGAAGUAAUGGAAGGAGAAAGAUCCGAAGAAAUCAAGAGGAAUGCUAAUAAAUGGAAAGAGUUGGCAAAAGAUGCAGUAAGUGAAGGUGGAAGUUCAGAUAAUAACACUGAAGAGAUCAUUGCUCGACUUGUCCACCAUUAAGAUAAGGUCUCCGAUCCUUUGUUUCUGUGGCUUUGAUCUUAGU